AUGCUAUUCAUACUGGCAAUACUGAUUGCCCUCUUUCAGUCCACAAACGGAGAAAUAGUUAUCUCGUCGAACAAUAGUCUCAUCAGAGUUUCGAGGCAAGUUGAUCCCCAUGAUCCAAGUCAUUGGCGAGACAUCGAGGGCCUACCAAUCAGUGAAGAGGCCGUGAAUGCAGGGGGAUAUGCAACUCCUCAAUGCGAACCGAUAACAGUACCAGUUUGUCAAGGCGCCUUCUAUGAGUACACCCGAAUGCCAAAUAUCCUAAAUCAUGAAACUCAAGAAGAGGCGGGGUUAGAGGCACAUCAAUUCUAUCCCCUGAUCCAAAUCAAUUGUUCCGCAGAUCUGCGCUUUUUGAUGUGCUCUAUCUACACACCGAUUUGUAUUGAAGGCUAUGCACAAUCACUGCCACCCUGUCGAUCGGUUUGCGAACGAGCUAGAGCCGGUUGUGGACCCAUAAUGGGGUAUUAUGCCUUCAAGUGGCCCGACCAAAUGCAAUGCGAUCGAUUCCCAGUACUUAAUAAUCCUGAGGGUAUUCUUUGUAUGGAAAGAAAUCUUACCGAUGCUGAAAAAGCUGAGUUCGAAUCCAUUCAAUCGGCUAGAGAGGCCUCGAAAUCGCAUGUAACUGAGGAGAAUAAACCUUUGUCUAGAGAUUAUGAAAUGUCACGAGAGUUGGAACAAGCAGCUAGAUUAACUGUUUCUGGGGAAAAUUCUGGAACUUUGAAAACUUCUGGAGCAUGGUUGAAUUGCUCCUGUGAUUGCCGACAUCCGUUUGUCUCUAUCAUACCGGGAAACGAUAGUCAGCUCGCUCAGAUCUCAACACUUGGAUUCUCUAAUUGCGCCCUUCCGUGCUACUCAAUUCACUUUCAAACAGAGACUGAUAAGAAAUUUGUUGACUUUUGGUUGUGGUUAUGGUCUGCUCUCUGUGCAGUUUCUACAAUCAUUACCAUGCUGACUUUCCUAACUGAUCCAAGCAGAUUUCAAUACCCUGGACAACCGAUAAUCUAUCUUUCAACUUGCUACUUCUUUGUAUCUGUGGGAUAUAUCCUUAGAAUGGCUGUUGGGCAUGAGAAUGUGGCCUGUACCGCAGUUCAAGCACUUCUGAACAGUGAAGAGAAUGUUCAGAAAAGAAUUUUCUCGGCCAGUAUCCUACAAUACUCCCUUGUGGGCAAAGCCGUCUGCACAACAGUGUUCAUCUUCACUUAUUACUUUGGAAUGGCCUCGAGUGUUUGGUGGGUGGUGCUGACGGUAACUUGGUUCCUUGCCGCGGGCCUGAAGUGGAGCAAUGAGGCAAUCUCAAAGUACACACAGGUAUUUCACUUUGUGGCCUGGGUUCUUCCCGGAGUUCAGACGGGAGUUAUCCUCAUGCUACGAGCAGUGGACGGUGACCCUGUUAGCGGAUUAUGCUACGUGGGUUCGACAAAUGACAAUCAUCUAAUCUAUUUCCUAAUCCUUCCCUUGGUUAUCUACUUUUGCUUUGGUACUUUCUUCCUUCUUGGUGGCUUUGUAGCACUAUGCAACAUUCGACGGGUUAUUAAAUUCCAACCUCGAGUCGGUACAGACAAGUUGGAGAAGUUGAUGAUUAAACUAGGCAUCUUUGGCCUGCUCUAUACGGUACCAGCAAUUGUUGUGAUAGCUUGCUAUAUCCAUGAACUGCGAUGGCGAAGGGUUUGGCAACUUGGCGUGGCUUGUCAGUGUGAUUUGAGAAAUGAAAAUGACGGUAGACCCCUCGAUAUUGAUUGGAAUCCUCCCACCCCUGAAUAUGCCAUCUUUAUGUUGAAGUACUUCAUGUCCCUCAUUGUGGGUAUAACAUCGGGCUUCUGGAUUUGGUCAGGCAAAACAGUCGAGGCUUGGAAAAGGGUUUGUCGACGAGGGAAGAGGAUGAAACAAUCUCCAACGAUGAUGAACACAAUGAUCGAGAAAUCGAAUACUAUCUGGUCUAUUCCCAAUAUGCAAUCCCCCACGCAGUUCCCUCCUAAAACCAUUUCGGGUAGGGUGAGUGCACAAGGAAGCUUCUUUGCCCUUGAAGCCGAGCCUCGGCCGAAUAUCUUCUGUCCAAUGAUUCAAGCUUCCAGUUCGGGGAUUGGAGGGAGUAGCAUAGCAGGAAGUGCUUACGCGAACACUACUUCCGUUCUAGAGCCUAAAACAGCAAACACCAACCGAGAAUUCGCCUACAACGGUACCGAGUUCGUCAGUCCAAGACAGGGAAUGUACUGA